AUUUCGGAAUGCACUAAAGCCCUAAACCGGUAACCCCUUCCCCAAGUUCAGUCUCUAAAACCCCUUUUUCCUUUUUUCUACCCUCUUGUUCUCCAGAUUUUGAUUCCUCCUCUCCAUUUCCGUCAAAAGAAGUUUAGAAGAUGAAUCUGAACAAUGUCAAGGUUCCCAAGAUGCCUGGUGGGGGUGCUGCAUCUGCUUUAAUUAAAUUGGGUGUCAUUGCUGGGCUUGGUGUGUAUGGAGUUGCAAACAGUCUAUACAACGUUGAUGGAGGGCACCGAGCUGUCGUUUUCAACCGAAUUAUUGGUAUCAAAGAUAAGGUUUAUCCUGAAGGAACACACUUGAUGAUCCCAUGGUUUGAGAGGCCAAUCAUUUAUGAUGUUCGUGCACGACCACAUUUAGUGGAGAGCACUUCUGGUAGUCGCGACCUUCAAAUGGUAAACCGCCAUCCCUGCUGCUGCAAUUUACACAUGCACUCAAAUCCAUUUUGA